AUGGCAUUAGACAAAAUGAUGUUCACUGUAUUUCUAUUUGUUGCAUACAGUUUGGUUUUGGUUUGCGGUGUUAAUUCUAAGGAUGACAUCCAAGACAGAGGCGCUCACAGUGAUCGCGGAGGUGUGUGGUUUGGACCACGACUUGGAAAAAGAUCAUUGAGGCUUGGAGAUGAUAGUAAAGCAACGUUAUUACGAUUACUAGAUUCAGCUGACAACCUCCGAUACUACUACGACCAGCUCCCAUACGAAUUGCAAUCUGAUAUCGGACAAGAAAUUAAAUACUUUACAGACAAAAUAAUCUUCACACCAAAAUUGGGGAGGGCAAUCGACGAAAGACUGUUAAAUGAUGUAGAAUUCACACCACGAUUGGGCAGGCGGAAGAUCAACCAGGCAUUACCUACAGUAACUGAGGAGGAGAGCUACAGACAAGACCAAAUGCUAACGAAUAAUCGUCCAAACCAUUUCUCCCCGCGACUUGGGAGGAAUUAUAAUUUUUCUCCCAGAUUAGGGAGAGAAUUAACCUAUGAUCUGUACCCCAGUGUUCGUGUAUCGAGAAGUGUGAACAACUCUAAGACGAAUUAA